GCCAGCUUGCGUCGGCGCAGUUAGCGUGGCUCGUACUCGUUCGGUUAUCCGGCCGUAGUGAACAGCUCUUAAGAGCGCACCGUAUUUCCGAAAGCAUGGCGCAGGCUAAGUCACUCGGGGAAGACACGACGUCGCGCUCCUCGACGCAGUUGCACCAGUGCGUCGUCUACCUGUGCCGUGCGCCGAUUCAAAACGGGAAUUCCGCUAGCUUGAGCCUGCUGUCGUACUUCGCUUCGGCAUCGCAGCGGGUAUGCGGCGAUUCGUGGGAGAAGCACUGGCUGGUCGUGUUCGACUACGGCGAAGACGUGGUGCUCGUCUGCGACGCGGACAUGGACCACUCGGGGGAACUGACGGGGCGCAAGUAUUGGAAGAAACGUACGACAGUCUUCAAUGAGUCGUACUCGUACAAGAAACGCCUGGGAAAGCACAGAAUUCCGAAGGCGCGCAUCGAGGAGGUCAUGCGCGAGAUGUGCGACUCGGGCCAGUACCACUUGACGAACAACAACUGCCAGAAGUGGGCCAAGGAGCUGCUGCGCCGGCUGGGAGUAGAGGUGCCUCGGGACCAGCCGGACGCGCAGGCCGUUGUCCAGGAUGUCGUCCAGCCGGCCGUCGGCCGCACCCUGCUUCUGGGUGCUUUAGUCGUGGCGAAGUUCAUCUUGUUCAGGGGACGCGUCUAGGAUCAGCCAGUACUACAGCAGCCAUGAUGGCAUGUUCCUUCACGGCGAGGUAGCGUUUGA